UAGAUAAAAAUUAAAAAGUUCUCAUACCUCAAGUAUAAAGUAUUUAUGUCCACUGUUUAUCACUUUAUUCCUUAUCCGUCGUAAUAAAACUUUACUAUAUUUAUUAUACAUCCCUAUGAAAAAUCGAUCAGACAAUAUUAUUGGCUAAGUGAACUUGCUUUUUCGUAAUACGAAUUUUUUUUGAGCAUUAAAUCCUACACUUAAAAUAAAGAUAACAUUUGAUCAAAGUAUUUAAAAAAGUGUUCACAAGAUUGGUUUUCGUGAUUUUUAAAAUUUUCUAUCAAUCAUGUCAUAUUUUUGUUCUAGAAGAAUUUUCCAACGAUUUCAAAUCAAACAAAUAAAAAAAUUCAACUUUAGUGAUGUGUCAGGAGGUCCAAAUAAACGUGUUGAAUUUCCCAAACGUAAUAAACCAAUAUUUGGAAAAGAUGGUCCGAUUACGUGGAAAACUGUUGGAAUUACUGGUGUUUUGGGAGCGGGUAUGGUCACAUACUUAUUAUAUCUUAAAGAAGAACAAGAAGAAAAACAAAGACGAGAGAGAAAGCGUCAGUUGGGAAAAGCACAAAUUGGAGGUCCAUUUGAGUUACUCGAUGGAUCCAACAACAUUGUAAAAAGUGAACAAUUUUUGGGGAAGUGGAUGCUCAUCUAUUUUGGUUUCAGUCAUUGUCCAGAUAUAUGUCCUGAUGAAUUAGAAAAAAUGGCAUUAGUUGUAGAUAAUCUUGAAAAAGAAGACAUGAAUACAGGCAUUCAAGGUAUUUUCAUCACUGUAGAUCCAGACAGAGAUACUCCUAAAAUUGUAGAUAAAUAUAUUAAGGAAUUUUCUUCAAAAUUCAUUGGUUUAAGUGGCACUUCGGAGCAAAUUCAGCAAGUGUGCAAAAGAUAUAGAGUUUAUUAUAGUCCUGGAAAGAAAGACGUCGAUAAUGAUUAUAUUGUGGACCAUACGAUCAUUAUGUACUUGGUUAAUCCAGAGGGUGAAUUCAUAGAUUAUUUCGGACAAAACAAAACUGCAGAUGAAAUAGUAGAACAUAUUUUGUUACACAUGUUUAAAUUCAAACAAGAAAAAGGUUCAUUGUUAAGCAACACUUUAGAAAAGAUAAACUCAUUAAGUGGGAAAAAAAUUGUUGCGUCAUAAACUUGUAUAUAAAUGUAUCAAACAUUUUUAUGUUUAGACUCACUUCAGUUGCUGUUAAUUGUUAAAAUCAUUUUAAACUAAUACAUCAAUUUUAAAAGA